AUGUCUUUCCCCUACAAGCAGGUCCUUCUCGUCGGCGCCACCUCCGGCAUCGGUGCGGCUAUGGCAGACAAACUCAUCAAUGAGGGCGUCAAAGUCAUUGCCGUCGGUCGUCGUCAAGAGAGGCUUGAUGCUUUUGUUGAGAAACAUGGGUCUUCAAAGGCAGCUUCGGUCCGGUUUGACAUAACGGAUCGGGCUGGCUUGGACAGUUUCGUUGACGGAGUCAUUCAAAAGUUCCCAGAGCUCGACUGCGUUUUCAUCAACUCUGGCGUUCAAAGCCAAAUUAGGCUUUCCAAGCCCGAAAGUGUAGACUUGGACGCAUUCCGCAGCGAAAUCAACACCAACUUCCUCAGCAUCGUCGACCUGACCAUCAAGUUCCUCCCCAAACUUCAGGAGAAGCCGCACCCUACCGGUUUGAUCUUUACCGGAACGCAUCUGGCGCUCAUUCCGGGCGUCGUAAUGCCAGCCUACUCGGCCUCGAAAGCAGCUUUGAGCUCUUUCGUCUACAGCUUGAGACAGCAACUCCAAAACUCCAGCACCAAGGUCACCGAAAUCUGGGCCCCUGCCGUUCAAACCGAGUUGCAUGAUUACAUGGGAGAAGAGCGCGGCCGAGCCAUUGGCAUACCGGUCCAAGAGUUCACCGACAAGACGUAUGCCCAGCUCGUUGCCGGGUCUGAGGAUGUGCUCGUUGGCUCUGUUGGAGCCGAAGGCCCGUACCUUGAGAUCUGGAAUGCCCGGAAAAAGCACUCAAAUGACGUAUCAAACUUCCUCUUGUCUCACUUCCAGCUGUAG